UCCAAUGUCCCUCUCUCUCGAAUUCAGAGAAUCAAAAAUGAGAAUCGGAAGAAGAAGAAAAAGAAGUUAAAAGGAUCCGGAAAAGUUCCUUUUAGCUGAAUCUUUUCAGUUUAAGAAAAAGGAAGUCUGCUUUUAAGGGUCUUCUUUUCGAUUUUUCAUGGAUGCUUUGCUUUACUCACAUCAACAGCAUGGAAGUAAGAUUCUACUUGUUCAGUCACCUACACACACCAAAUUCCACCAUUCCAUUACUUCAUCAGCUGGGAGUUUUGGUUUGCUCUCAAUGGGAUUGAGAUCAAGUAAAUCUUUGUUUGGUAUCAAGAGAGACAAACUCAACAGUAGUAGUAAGGUUACUGACCGGAUCAAACAUAAGGUUACAAGCGUUUACGAUCGCAGUUUUCAAGAAACCGUAAUCGAGGAAGAAGCUCCUCAAAUGUCUGAUAUCAAUCCGUCAUUCAAAGUUUCGUCAGGCGAGGCGUAUCCUCUGGGGGCAUCAGAAGUGGAAAAAGGAAUCAACUUUUCCCUCUUUUCGGAACAUGCAUCUGCAGUCACUCUUUGCUUAUCAAUUUUGGAGGGGGGUAAGCUAGGUGAUCUAGAUACUGGUCUGGUGGAGAUAACAUUGGACCCUCACCUCAACAAGACAGGAGACAUAUGGCACAUAUGUGUGGAGGAUCUACCUCAAUCUGGAGUUCUUUAUGGUUAUCGCGUCGAUGGACCACGAGAGUGGCAGCAGGGGCAUCGGUUUGACAGCAGUAUUGUACUUGUAGAUCCUUAUGCAAAGCUAGUUGAGGGUCGGAGGGUGUUUGGAGAUGUUAGUCACAAGCUAUCUAAAUUUCUUGGAACAUAUGAUUUCACAAGCUUACCUUUUGACUGGGGAAACAACUACAAGCUGCCAAAUAUACCAGAGAAAGAUCUUGUUAUAUACGAAAUGAAUGUUCUUGCGUUUACUGCUGAUGAAUCAAGUGGCCUUGAGCCAAACAUCCGUGGUAGUUACCUUGGUUUGAUCGAGAAGAUUCCACAUCUUCUAGAUCUUGGGGUCAACGCAGUGGAAUUGUUGCCUUUAUUUGAGUUUGAUGAGUUUGAGCUUCAGAGGCGUUCAAAUCCAAGAGAUCAUAUGAUCAAUACGUGGGGUUACUCUACUAUAAACUUUUUUGCUCCCAUGAGCCGCUAUGCGAGUAAUGGUGGGGGACCUACUGCUGCUUCUCUGGAGUUCAAACAAAUGGUGAAAGCGUUGCAUGAUGCAGGAAUUGAGGUUAUAUUGGAUGUUGUCUAUAACCAUACUAACGAAGCUGAUGAUACCUACCCUUAUGCUACAUCUUUUCGUGGCAUCGACAAUAAGGUUUAUUACAUGUUAGAUGGCAACGGUCAACUGCUUAAUUUCUCUGGAUGUGGAAAUACCUUAAACUGCAACCAUCCUGUGGUUAUGGAUCUUGUACUUGAUAGUCUGAGACACUGGGUCACCGAGUAUCACAUCGAUGGAUUUCGCUUUGACCUUGCAAGUGUGCUUUGCCGAGAUACUGAUGGUUCUCCACUGAACGCUCCUCCUCUCAUUAGGGCUAUUGCCAAAGAUGCUAUUUUAUCUAGGAGCAAAAUUAUUGCAGAGCCUUGGGAUUGUGGUGGUCUCUAUCUUGUUGGCAGCUUUCCCAAUUGGGAUAGGUGGGCUGAAUGGAAUGGAAGAUAUCGAGAUGAUCUUCGAAGAUUUAUAAAGGGUGACUCGGGAAUGAAGGGGAGUUUCGCCACUCGAGUGUCUGGAUCUGCUGAUUUAUACAGAGUAAACAAGCGCAAACCUUACCAUGGUAUUAAUUUCAUCAUUGCACAUGAUGGUUUCACUCUAUAUGAUCUUGUAUCCUACAAUAACAAGCACAACGAUGCUAAUGGGGAAGGUGGGAAUGAUGGAUGCAAUGAUAAUUUUAGUUGGAAUUGUGGACACGAAGGAGAAACUGCUGAUGCAAACAUUAAAGCUCUUCGGUCACGACAAAUGAAAAACUUCCAUUUGGCUCUAAUGAUCUCACAGGGGACUCCAAUGAUGCUGAUGGGAGAUGAAUACGGCCACACACGGGAGGGCAAUAACAACAGUUACGGACAUAAUAAUGCAAUGAAUAAUUUUCAGUGGCACCAGCUUGAUGCCAGGAAAAAGAAUCACUUUAGGUUCUUUGCAGAGUCGAUAAAGUUUCGUCGAAAACAUUCUGUAUUGGGACACGACCAAUUUCUUGAAAAGAAUGAUGUUACCUGGCAUGAGGAUAACUGGGACAACCAUGAGAGCAAGUUCCUCGCAUUUACGAUCCAUGAAAGGGAUCACGGGGCUGAUAUUUAUGUAGCAUUUAAUGCACAUGAUUAUUUUGUUAAAGCUCUUAUACCUUCACCUCCUCCUAAUAGGCGAUGGCUCAGAGUGGUGGACUCCAAUCUUGAAUCUCCAGAUGACUUCGUUUCUGAAGGAGUUCCAUUUACUGGAGAUACCUAUAAUGUUGCACCCUAUUCAUCAAUUCUUUUUGAAGCCAAGCCAUGAAUCCCAAGUUACCAGGUGGAUGUCUGUUUGAGAUUCGCUCCAAUAAUGCUGGUAGAACUAGUAAUACCAGACUUCAACAUGUAAUGGUCGAAAUAUCAGUGCUUCAGUAAGAUCAGAAUUUUAACGUACUCCUACUAGAUCCACUAGUUAAUUUAUUAACAUGUUUAGUUGAAUAUGAAAUUUUCAAUAGAUAAGCUUUGAUAUCAUGUUAAUUUUAUCAUUAAACUCGGAUUUUCCUUCUUCUGUCAUCCGAGAAAGCAAAGAUGCUAUGGUCCUACUGUUACCAGUUUCAUCUGCCUCUAUAUUCCCCUCCACGUUUGUUUCGAAGAUUUCCUUUCGCUUGGUUCAUGUUAGUAAUUGGUUAUGAUUUAUUUAUUAUGUUUUUAAAUAAAAACGGUUUGUGGUUGA